GAUAAUAGCAAUAAUAAAAAUGAGAGACCUAAUAGUGAAGAAAUGCAUAAGAAAUGUGAGCGUGAAACAAGUCCAGUUAGAGAUGAAGAUAACGAGUUAAACGAGGAUGAGUUAAUUUUGCAAUCUUUUGUUUCUUCUAUACUACCUGGGCAGAGUGAAGAUAGUGCAAUUAAUAGCACCCUUGUUUAUGAGGAUUUAACAGAAAUUGAUUUUGGAACUCUAAACAAUAAACAAAAAAUAAUAUAUGAACGAAUAAAAUCACAUUACACAAGCAUAAUUUUGACUCAAAUAGCGGAGUUAUUACAAAUAAUUAUUAUGGGCACUGCAGGAACUGGAAAAUCUUAUCUGAUUAGAGCUAUCCAAGGAAUGCUUCGUGAGGUAGCAAAAAAUAAUAAUAUAAAUGACGAUAUUCUACUUUUGCUGGCUCCAACUGGGAGUACAAUCCAUUCGGCACUCUCUAUUCCAAUAACAGGUACAAAUUAUGAUCUUGAAGGAAACGGGUUAAAGACACUUCAAAAUAAACUACAAAAAAUACACUAUAGUAUUAUCGAUGUGAUGAGUAUGGUGGGAUGA